UGUUGCUUUUUGAAUGAAAAAAACUUCUUCAGAAGACCACGUAGAGAUGAUCAUGAAAGUGGAAGAUCUGAUCGUGACAGUCAUCGAGGAGGUCGAAGUGGAUGGAAUCGUGACGAUAACAGACGUCGCGACGACCGUCGGAAAGACAGACAUACGACAUGGGAUAUUCGUCCGAGUGCGGAAGAGGUUGCCAAACAACGAAAACUGUUAUGGUCAAAGGCAGGAUCCAAUAAAGAAGUGACUGGUGAAGGAAGCGGUGCAGCUGCUGCAUCGACAGCACCCAGUCAAGACAAGAACGUUGGCUUGUGGUCAAGCGCGAUCACAGCCAGUGGUGUUGCUGGUGACCAAGCAAAUAAGUUCCUAAAACUAAUGGGUAUCAAGAAUGUGCCGGCCGAGGAUAGCAAUCGCCUCAAGGAGGAAAGUGAAAAGCAGAAAAAGAUGAUGCGUGAUUUGGAUCGACAGUACGAGAUUGCACGUGAAGCCACACACAUGGGACGUGGCCUAGGACUUGGAUUCCAUCAAUAA